AUGAAACUGAAACGGAGAUUCAAACCAACGAAGGGAGGGACUAUACUCAGCCAGAUGCUGAGGUUGAGGCAGUCUGGUUCGAUCUCGGAGUAUCGAGAGCAGUUUGAGGAGUUGUCGGCUGAAGUACCACACGUUCCUAAUGAUGUGCUUGAGGAGAUUUUUCUGCACUGGAUGAAGAGAAGCGUGCGAGAGCAGGUGGUGAGGUUGAGACCCGUGGGAAUGGACGAGAUAGUAGACAUGGCGACGAUCAUUGAGGAGCAGGAAAAUGAGAGACACUCUUAUAACUCGAGACCCUUCCAGAGGACAAACUCCGCACCAGUGCUUAACUCCAAUCAGAGAAACAACAACUUCAGCCCGGUUAAGCAAGGAGAUCACACUCCGGCGAGGAAGUCAGUUGAUUCUCCUAGAGAAAACAAGGGGUCUGACCAACGAAGGACAAUACAAAACCCUUGUCGAUAUUGCGGGGAGCGUUACUUCACUGGUCAUCGCUGCAAGGCAUUUCAAAGGUAUAAAUGCUUGGAGGUGGAAGAAGAGUUAGAAGAGGCAGAAGAGUCUGAGGAGGACAGGGAAGAGAACCCUGAAGCUCAAGCAAAGCAAGAACUCCAAGUGAUGUCGCUACAGUCGAUGGCGGGGCUCACUACUAAACGAACGAUGAGAAUCAAAGGGCACAUUAGUGGAGAAGAGGUGGUGGUCCUUAUUGAUUCCGGAGCAUCUUGCAGUUUUAUUGCGACGCGGGUUGUGGAGAAAUUAGGAUUACCGGUAGUUCCUACUCAGGAGUUCGGAGUGGCUAUUGGAGAUGGCAGAAUUAUGACAAGCAGUGGGAAGUGUGAAGGUCUCAAACUAAUCAUUCAAGGUAUUGAGAUUCAAGGAGAUUUCAGGCUGUUUGACUUGGGAGCCACAUAUAUGGUGUUAGGAUACACAUGGCUAACUUCUCUAGGAGAAACGAUAAUCAAUUGGGGGCUGCACAUCAUGCAUUUUCAGAUAGAUCAGGAAUGGGUCACUAUUACGGGAGAUCCAGCCUUGUUGCGUGACCAAGUGUCACUGAAUUCAAUGGAGAAGCUCUGUGAUAAUGAAGAGGUGGUGUAUCUGUUGGAGUUGAGUGCACUGUUUGAGAGUUCCCUAGAGCAGCAGAAAGUAGAGAGACCUAGCGUGGAGAUACAGAGGUUGUUAAGAAGGUUCAAAGGAGUGUUCAACAUUGCCUACUGGUCUCCCUCCCAAGCGGUCCAGAGAGCAUGCGAUCACUCUACAAGAAGGAACUUCUCCCAUCAACAUACGACCUUACCGUUACUCCCACUUGCAGAAGAAUGA